AUGGCCCAGAAGAUGCUCACAACGCUCGACGACGAACUGGUCGUCGUCGAGAAGGAAAUAAUGGAGCUGGACGACCUUUAUCGGAGGACUGGCCAAGGAGUCGCCUUGACGGCCCAGGAAAAGGCGUUCGACAUUCGCCAAGAAAUCCUCCGACUCAAUGAAGCGCUUUUACACUUCCAACACAACUGCGUUAGUUUUUGA